AACCUGAGAAAAGCUAUUGCUAUUGUAUUGAGAGAACAGAACAGAGAAGAGAGAGAAACAAUGGCGGCGACGGUGAGUAGCGUUUGGUCCAAGCCAGGCGCCUGGGCACUUGAAUCCGAAGAAAACGAAGCUGAACUUCUACGUCAAUCCAAGGAAGAAGAACUCAUCAACAAAUCCGAUACCGAUCUAACCGAUUUCCCUUCUCUAUCUGCGGCCGCCGCAACCAAAACCAAGAAGAAGAAGCCUCAAACCAUAUCCUUAGGUGAGUUCACUAAUUCCAAAUAUUCAAAUCCCUCUCAAAGAGCCCCCACUUUCCAAGAUCUCUCCUCUCUUCCUACCGGUCCACGAGAGCGGACUGCCGAUGAACUUGAUCGAUCUAAACUCGGCGGCGGCUUCAGAUCUUACGGUGGUGGUUAUGACAGGAACCGUAACGCUGAUGGAGAUGAUUCUUCCAAUUCCAGAUGGGGUUCCUCUAGGGUUUCGGAUGAGUCGCGGCGCCAGGGUGGUUUUGGUAGGGAUUCUAAUAGCGAGUUUCAGUCAUCUCGCGCUGAUGAUGUGGAUGAUUGGGGGGCGACGAAGAAGACUUUGGUUAAUAAUGGCCUUGAAAGAAGAGGGGAUAGAGGUGGUGGUGGUGGGGGUUUCUUCGGUUCAGAGUCGAAAGCGGAUGAAUCUGACAAUUGGGGGUCGAAUAAGAGCUUUGUUCCCUCUGAGGGAGGACGGAGAUUCGAAGGUCAUAGAGAGAGGCGUGUUGUUGGUUUUGAGUCGAGUGGUGGUUCUGAUUCGGAUAAUUGGGGGAAGAAGAAGGAAGAUGAAGGACGCAAAUUUGUUGCUGCUGUUGGGGCUUUUGAUAGUCUUAGAGAAAGGAGAGGAGGUUUUGAAUCUGGAGAUUCAGAAACUUGGGGUAAAAAGAGGGAAGAUGGAGUUGGAAGUGUGAGGCCGAAGUUGAAUUUACAGCCAAGGUCACUUCCGGUGAAUGAUAACCAGCAGCAGAACAGUUCUGAAGUUCCAGCUGCGGCGAAACCCAAGGCAUCGAAUCCCUUUGGUGAGGCAAGGCCUAGAGAAGAAGUUUUGAAGGAAAAGGGGCAGGAUUGGAAAGAGAUGGAUGAAAAGCUUGAGUCUUUGAAGUUGAAAGAGACUACUACUGAUGUAAAGAGAAGCUUUUUUGAGAAUGGGAAUGAAAAGAUUAACUUGUCUGAAGCAAAGACUGAAAGGAGCUGGAGGAAACCAGAAUCUGAUAAUGCUAUUCCUCAAGGGGUUGAGGAGAAGGGAAAUGGCAAUGGAGGGGAGGAUGCUGAUGGUGAAGUUGCUGUUGAGAAUGUUGCUGCUGAGAAUAUUUGAAAUGUAGGGUUGGUUGGUUCUUGAUACUUUUUGCUUGUUUUUGUUGUCAUUGAAUUGAAUUGGGAGGUUGAAAUUUUGGUAGACAUGUCAGUAGUGAGAUUAUUUAGGUAAAACUUUAUUAAUACUUUUGAAUUGUGUGUUCUUAAUUCUAAUGAAUUUUGUUUGUUAUUA